AUGUGGCCGGGUGGAAAAGUAGAAGACUGGGAGCCAGCGUACAACGCAGACACAGGAAUUCACGGUCUGAACCCCUGCAACGCGACCAACAACUACAACAACACUGGCCUGAGCGAUGCUGCAUACCUGGCUGAGAAGGGAGUGGUGGUGGCAGCCUUUGAGCUGAAGGUGGAUCUGCUGAUGGCCAUGCGCAUCAAUGGGUCGGACAUUGACCGCCUGUUCGCCACCAUCAGUAAUGCUUCCAGCUCCACUCAGCAUGAGGUCAUCAGCACCGUCAUCUUCAGGGCAGGAUUCAGGUCAGAGGCGGUGUACAUCAGGAGCGAGGAUGCCUACCUGUCGCGUGGCACCGGCCGGGUAAAGAGCCUGGCACUCUCGGCCUCUUUUGACAAGGGCCAGUUGACGUAUCUGCUGUGGGAUGACGUAACCUGCAACUCAUGCGGUGGCCUCACCUCCAAGCAGUGCGUCACUACCGCCACAUCCCAGCCUCAGCACUCCUGCGCCGCCACAGACGAGGAGUGUGUGACGGACGACUGCUCUCUCUCCAUCUAUAUGGGCUUCACGGGUGAAGACCGGCAUGGAGUUGCCUUUCAGACCGGCUCCCAAAUUCAUCGCAUCAACCAAUACGCGGUCUCCUCGCUCUACAAUAGCUUCCUGCAGCAGGUUUCGAAUGUGCUGGACAAUGCGCAGCGCGGGUUUGUGGGAGAAACUCCCAUCGCCGACACCGGCAGCGGGGAUGCUGCAUGA